UGUUUGUUUACAGAUCCCUCCCAAGCUUCAACUUCCUACCUGUAGUUCCAGUGGGGCGCGCCACAGUUUGAAAACCGCCAGGUGACGUCAUCGUCAUGUUGAGCAACAGCUGAAGCGGAAACUGGAAGCUUCUCUCAGCGCGCAGUCUCUCUGUGUCUCUGAAGGAGAACCCCCUGAUCUCUGUGUCUCUCUGAAGGAGAACCCCCUGAUCUCUGUGUCUCUCUGAAGGAGAACCCACUGAUCUCUCAGCUUCUUCUCAACAACCUGCAGAAUCUCUGGUCCUUCAAAGCGAUGGCCUCUGAAGGCAGCGGGACGAUGGAGGUGGCGGCACUCGGACGGCCUUUCAGCCUCGGGAUGUUGUACGACUGCCGCAAAGACUCACUCGUCCCUGGAAUGACGUUGUGGGACCGUGAUGACCUUAAAAAUCAUAUCGGAGAAAGACCACAGAGCUAUAAUUAUUUUGAUAUAGUUGCAUCUGAAUCAAUUGAGCACAAAUCUAAAGCACUAAAUGUUGAAGCAUCACUGAAGGCCAGUUUCUUGAGUGGACUGGUAGAAGUUGAAGGAUCAGCCAAAUAUCUGAACGAUAGAAAGACUUCCAAAAAUCAGGCCAGAGUUACUCUGAAGUACAAAACUACCACAAAGUUCCAUGAACUGUCCAUGAAUCAUCUUGGAGGAGACAAUGUUAAGCAUCAGUCUGUGUUUGAUAAAGGAAUAGCAACACAUGUAGUCACAGGUAUCCUUUAUGGUGCACAAGCCUUCUUUGUCUUUGACCGUGAGGUGUCUGUAAAAGAAAAGGAUCAAGACAUUCAGGGAAACUUGAAGCUGAUGAUAGAGAAAGUUCCCUCUCUUGCAAAAGAGGGAAAAGGCUUGUUGGAAAUGGAAGACAAGGACAAAGCUAAUGUUGAGAAACUGUCCUGCAGAUUCUUUGGAGACUUUUUGAUUCAGAAACCUCCUACAUCCUUUCAGGAUGCAGUAGAAGUCUACCAAAGUCUGCCAAAGCUGCUGGGAGCCAACGGGGAAAAAGCAGUACCAGUGAAGGUCUGGAUGUUGCCACUGACAUGUUUAGAUUCUACUGCUGCUAAACUUGUCCGUCAGAUAAGUAUUGGAUUAGUUGAAGAAUGUCAGAGGGUCCUGGAGGACUUCAGUGACCUGGAAAUGAGGUGCAAUGAUGCACUGAAAACCCAAACUGCACAGCAGUUCCCACAGAUUGGAAGAAAACUCAAAACCUUUAAACAGAUGUGCUCUGAGUUCAAACUGGAAUUCCAACAAACCCUGGCAAAGAAACUUCCAUCAAUCCGAGGAGGAGGAGAAGAAGAAGCUGUGCUCGCAGAGAUCCUGAGGAAGACAUGUUCUUCUCCUUUCAACAGCGAGAACCUGAACGAGUGGAUGGACUGUAAGGAGAGAGAAAUCUCCAUUUUAAAGUCCACCACCAACAUGAUGAAAAACACCGAGAUCGUUCCACGAGAAAAUGAUCUUCAUGAAGAAAUUCUCAACACGGAGCACGCUGUGUGUUUUAUCUUCACCUCGCUGGGAAGGGAUGAACCGUACCUCUCAGCUUUAUCAAAGUACCUGAAACAAACACCCAAACCAGACCACGCUCAACAUCCACACACUCCAGAUCAAUGGUACAACUCAAGAAGAGAGAUGGAAGCAAUGUGGCGUAAAGCAAAGCUCUUCAGUGAUUUUGCCGAGGCCAACAAGGAUAAGCCUAACAUUACAUUUCUGACAGUGGGUUUAUCAGACGAGACACAGAAACGGGCAAGCAUCCACCUUUAUACAGACGGCUCUGCUGUCAGUGAGAACUUUGAGCCACCUUCAGCGCCUGCAACAGUAACAGGAAGUGAUGUAAACCACAACAGUGUGACACUGGAGAUUUCUCCACCCAGAUCUGGAGCUGAGGACAUCACCUCCUACUCUGUGGAGUACCGUGUCAGUGGAGAGGAUGGCUGGAAACAAAAGACAGCAUCCAUAGCUGAAGAAGUCACAGUGAGCGACCUGAGUCCUAACACAGAGUACGUGUUCAGAUGCAGGGCAGAGACACCAGUAGGUGCCGGGCCAGCCAAUGAAGUGAGAGGAUCCAUUAAAACCUUACCCUGCAGCCCUCCUGGAAAACCCAACGUUGAAUCAAACUCACGUGAGAUAUCAGUCAGCUGGGAGGAACCUGCUGAGCUCGGACAAGAUGUCCACGUUUUGAGCUACAUCGUAGAGUACGCCAAACCAGACCAACAGGUGAGAGAGGGAGAUCUCCACUGGGAGCAAAUGAUGGUGGGAGCUGAGAAGGUGAUCAUUCCAGGACUUCAGCCAGAGACAGAAUACGCUGUCAGGGUCAGGGGUGAUUGUGGUGCAGCUGGAAGAAGCAAAGAAAGCAUCUCUGUUAAUGUCUGCACAACUGAACCUGCACCUUUCACUGAACUCCUCAAAAGUAAAAGCAAGAGGAUCAACUCUGGAUCUCCCUCAGUUUACAAACUGCCUCUGACAGAAGAAGACAUGGAGGUGGAUGGAUGCCGGAGGUACAGCUUUGGCUCAGAAAGCACGAGGCAAAAUCGCACAAUAUUGCUUAUUGGAGCACCAGGAUCUGGAAUGUCCACUCUGAUCAAUGGACUCAUCAACUACAUAGUUGGUGUAGAGUGGGAGGACAAUUUCAGAUUCAAGUUAGUUGAUGAGGAUCAGUCGAGAUCUCAAGCUGAAAGCCAGACCUCUGAAGUCACUGUGUACAAAAUCAACCACCAAGAGGGCUUUAAAAUCCCUUUCUCUCUGACCGUCGUUGACACUCAAGGCUUUGGAGAUACAAUAGAUGAGGACAUCACAGAAGAGCUACGUAAUCUCUUCUCUUCAGAGCGUGGCGUCAGUGAAAUCAACGCCGUGUGUUUUGUAGUUCAAGCUUAUUUAGCUCGGCUCACACCAUCUCAGCAAGAUUUGUUUUAUUCUAUGCUCUCAAUCUUUGGCAAAGAUGUGGUAGAGAACAUCCAGGUUCUGGUGACAUUCUCAGACGGCCAACGCCCACCAGUUCUAGAGGCGAUCAAUGCUUCAGCUGUCCCAUGUCCUAAAACAGAAGACGGGCUGCCAGUUCACUUCAAGUUCAAUAACUCUGCAUUGUUUGCACAGAACCGAUCAUCUGCUGCUGACUCGAGAGGAGAGGAGGAAGAUGGAGGCUUGGAUCAGAUGUUCUGGAAAAUGGGGGCAAAAAGCAUGAAGAGGUUCUUUGUUGCUUUAGAUAAGAUAACAACCAAAGGCUUGACUUUAACAAGCGAGGUUUCUCCAGAAAGAAAGAGGCUCGAGAAGUCAAUUGAAAAAUUGCAAAAGCAAUUGAAAGUUUUGUUAGCCAAGCUAGACGAGGUAAAAGAGACAUCUGAAAACAUUAAAGAGCAAGAGCAACACCUCGACACGGAGGGACGCCUUGUAAAUCAGGGGCUUGCGAUGAUCAUAAGUCAAGUGGGUAAUGCGAUUAAAUCAACUAUGAGUUGGAGGAGCUCAUAAACAGGUCUAAUAACCCAACACUCUACGAUAAGGUACGAUAUUACUUUAGGUAAUAAUUCCUGAACACAAUACGAGAAAAACCAACAUCUACCGUGACAUCACAAUCUCGAGAGAAACAUGCUCAUAGAUUCUUUGGAUGGAUUCAGUGUUUCGUAAAGCAGAAAAACGACUUUAAAGUCAAGAAUCUCAAAACGAGGGCAAAAUCACGACCAGUGCCACUGACCCCAAGGACAGGACCUGUAAAAAAAUGUACUUUUCGGACUUCAGAUUACUGCAAUCCAGCCAUAAAUACUAACCUCCCAUGAUCCUCUUAUCGUGAAUAUCCUGUUCUGUUUCAGUGCUCCCCACAUCGCCUGAGGACAAUGAGUAACCAUGCCUGACCUCUGACCAAUGAUUGUUUUAAUUAUCAUUUAAUAAACGCUGCUUUGGGUGAUGGCGAGCUAAAAUGCUCCACAGAUCAAUUAAAAAGUGAAUCGACUCAAAAGGUUUUUGACACACUCUCUUUACCUUUAAUGUAAAUAGUGUCAAAGAAAGGUUUGAAUAUAAACCUCUGAGAUAAUGCUUUCUGUGUUUUCUUUACAUUGCUUUCCUGCAGGAGUUUUCUGCAUGGUCUGAUGAUUAAAGGGAACCGUGUGGGGACAGAUGUUACCGUGUGAAUGUGUGAGUUCAUGAACGUCCUGACACCACCGACGAAACAUUUCAUUAACCUGAGCGUUUAAAACUGUAUAUUUGUUUCGUUGUUAAACUCAAUUAUUUUGACACCGGUCCGAGUCGCGUUGUUCGAUGCAGUUUUUUAACAGCUUGUUGUUGAAUGCUUUAGCUUCUUCUGCUCUUCGUUUGGUUCUCUCUGAGAUUCGAACGAUGAAUGUGUAUUAUGUUGGUGAGUGUCCUGAAGUGAUAGGGUGACUUCUGCUGGAUCAAGGAGACGUUAUUGAACGAUAAGUCAGACUAAUGGAAAGAUUUAAAUCAGCGAGAUUAAAGAUCGCUUUCACCUUUCUUUCUUUAACUGCUUGGAUUAUUGGUCUUUUUUUUAAUCUACCAUUUGUUGUACUUUGUUGCUGCUUUAAAUCACAGAACCUGAUACUGAUGUGUCUUUGAUUACAUUUGAUUGACAUUAUUGAAUAAUCAAGACUAAAUAAAUGCUGUUAUGCCUCUUCGUCAGUCUGGACUUUCUCUGACUUCUGUCUGCAAAGUAACUAAGAAGGAAAUAUUGUAUAUGUAACUGCAUGACAUUUAUAUACAGCUUUAAGUUCUACGAACAUUCCAGCUACAGAACUGUUUAAAUAAAAACAUGACUAUGGUC